AGAAUGAAAGUAAUACGUCUUUUAAAGGUUUUUCUUCUACUUCUUUGUGAAUUGCCGUUAAUCACAUCACAGCAUAUACGUUAUGAAAUGUACAAGAAAAUGUCGAAUGCCUCGUGCGGGAUCUCUUCUUCAGUAAUAACUUCUGUAGCUGUAUCUUCUAGCUUUGCCUGUUCUAGAGCAUGUGUUAGAAUUACAAAUUGUGUCGGAUUUGUAUUACCUUCUCUAGAAGAGCCUAUAGGCAAGAACUCUCUUGCUUUCAAGAAAUUUCAGUGUCAGCUUCUUCACUCAAAUAUCUUUCAAAAGAGCUCCGAAUGGGCGUUUUUUGGUGUUCAUGGAAACUAUCCUGUGGAAUCAUAUUCUAUGACGGGGACAGCAAGACAAACAUCAGUACCAGUUGUGAUCAACCAAUCAAAUACGUUCAAAGUCGACUGUAGGAACAAGGAUACAACAACGAGUUUGGGUAUUGUUGUUGCAAUUUAUGAAGCUUCGGCUAAUGACUUAAACGACUUGGACAGUAUUAAAUGUCUACAUCUGGAGAACGGACUAGGAUUGGAUACUGGCGACGUGGUCCACAUCGGCCUGAGAGUAACAACAGGCAACAUACUUUCUGAUGGUGUAUCUCAGUGUCCUGAUAACUAUGUGAUCACAGCGUUUUCAGAUACUGACGUAUAUUUUGGCAACGUGGAUUACGCCACCUGUGUGCGUCUGAUGAACUACUGGGUUGUGGACUACAGCGACUGUUGGGUGAAGAAAAGAGGCAGCGGAAAUUACAGAGGUCAAACUGAUCCUAACUUGCCUUGGAAUUUUGAAUGCCCCCGAGCGGGAUCAGAACCAAGAAUUAUCGUGGGGUUUGUAUUAAACAGUGGCAUGAUAAUGAAAUGUUGUAAACUUGUAAAUUUGAAACUCUAAACCUGUCAGUGUCAGAAUGUCCGUUUCGUCACUUUUAUUUAUUAAUGAAAUGGGUAAAGCAUAAUAAAAAACAGUUCAAUAAAUUACGCUGGAGUUUUCGUUCAGAACAAUUAAAAAAUUGGUGAUUCACAUAAAAAAAUGUUGAUAAGAUUACCGCAUUCAACAGUGGGGAUCUGUAUUCAACUCUAGCGCAUUUAACAGUGGAGGUUCUAUGUUCAACUCUAGCGCAUUCAACAGUGGGGGUCUGUAUUCAACUCUAGCGCAUUCAUCAGUGGGGGUCUGUAUUCAACUCUAGCGCAUUCAAUAGUGUAGGUUCUGUAUUCAAAUCUAGCGCAUUCAACGGGGGGCGGGGUCUGUAUCCAACUCUAGCGCAUUCAACAGAGGGGUUCUGUAUUCAACUCUAGCGCAUUCAACAGGGGUUUAUGUAUUCAACUUUAGCUCAUUCAACAGGGGGUCUGUAUUAUUUUUCAUCCACUUCCCCAAAGCGCUUGGGUUUUGUGUAUUUCCUAUAAUACGGUCGCGAGUUCGAAUCCCGUCACCGAACAUGAUCGCUCUUUCAGUCAUGGUGGCGUUAUGAUGUGAUGGUCAAUCCAAUUUUUCGUUGACAGAAGAGUAGCCCAAAAGUUAGCAGUGGAUGACGUUGACUAGAGGUCUUCCUUCUAAUUUAUCAAUUCUAAAUUACGGACGAUUAACGUGUAGCUUUUCGCGAAAUUUAACAUUCAAGGCUCAUUAUUGCAAUGUUCUUGGUACAUAUGAUUUCAAUGACGUUUCCUUUCAUUUUUAUGAUGCUAGGAUUCAGGAGUUCACAAAAUACGAUGGAUUAUUUUAAUCCCUUUAUCAAAUGUUUGUUUUUCAGCGUGGUUUUCAUAUGUUUUGUGAAAACCCAAACAAGAUUAUCUUCGUCACUAAUUUUGUACUAUUGGACUAGAGGGAAAGAAGCUAUACAGCAGUACCCACCGCCAACUCGUGGGCUACUCUUAUCUGACCGAGUAGCGGAAUUUAACCGUCAAUGUUCCCCGGAGAGAAACCAGUAAGUCUACGGAUUUACAACGAUAAAAUCCGGAGUUCGAUUCCGCGUGGUGGACACAGCAGAUAGCCUAAUGUGGCAUUUAUCUGAAAAAACAAACAAACAAAUUAAUCAUCACUGUCAUAGCGCACCUUCGACAAAGUCCGAGCAUGUUUUACCACUAGGCCACGCCUCUUUGCAUAUUUUAUUAAUAUUUCCCCUUUAUUCAAUUUGUUUUACCACUAGGCCACGCCUCUUUGCAUAUAUUAUUAAUAUUUCCCCUAUAUUCAAUUUGUUUUACCAGUUAGCUAA